AUACCUUCAGGUACCGACAGUGCAGGUAUGUGUUAACAUACAGCUCCCUUUACAUUCUACUCCCUACCGUAUUUUAAUAGUGAGGCAGGUUGUGAAUCGCUUUACAGUUACUAAUGUCACUUCCAGGAAUGCCGGACUUGUGUCAUAUCUGUUAAUGUUUCCUCCCCCGGUGUCUUUCUUUAACAACGCCUUCCGACGUCAGCUCCACCGAAACUUGAAGGAGCUCACCUGCCUGGCAGCCAAGGUGGGAAAAGACGAACACUGAGAGGAGACGCCAGUGUCCUCGUCCGGAAGAAAAACUUUCUCACGAGCUGACAGGUCAACAACAUGUGAACUCGCGACCUGUUGAUUUUCAGGAAUUGUUGCCUUUUUGAACCGCUGCUGGGACGUUUAGGGACCCGCGGACACUGCGGUUUCAUUACUUAAAGUUAUAACUGAUAGGGACUUCCGGGUUGGAACUUCGGCUGAGGAACGCCUAUACGGCACUGGAGUUGAAAACUAGUAUGGAAACCAGUGUGGACAUUGAGCUGCAGACCAUCAAGACGAAUGGGAACGAUGGAGCAGCAUAUUUGUCUAAUGAACGGGUGACAGCGAGUAAUGGAGAUGGUGCAGCGUACACACACCCUGAUGCAUCAGAGAGAGAUGGGUUUCUGUCAGGACAGAUCGAUGGUUGUAAUGGCGGGGCGGCCCCAUCUGCCCAUACAGCAGAAGUUCAAAGGGAUCUGGAACAUAGAUUUACUCCUCAAGAGGAAAGCGCCGUGUGCAGGGUAAAGAGAGAGCUAAAUGAGGUUGUCUUCUGGAAAGUCAGACUAUGGAUGAUCAUCAUCAGCAUCUUUGUUCUCAUCUUGGCUGUGAUUUUGAUAUCGAUGGCCGUGUGCUCAGUGAUCCACGAGGACAAGGAUGACAACUUUGACCGUUCAAUGUUUAAAGUUCCUCAACAUUUCCACGGAAGCUUCCAACUGCCCAAUCGGGUCUUCACAGAAGAACUUCUCACCCGUUCCUCCAAUGAAAGCCAAGCACUUGCUGCUGACCUUGAAGAAAAGCUGGCUGACCUCUACACAUCCUCCCCUGCCCUGGGACGAUACUUCUCCAGAGCUGAGAUACAUGAAUUCAGGAACGGUUCAGUCAUCGCUGACUACCAGCUGACAUUCCUAAUGCCUGAAGAGCAGCAGGAUCAGCUGAGAAACAUCACUCUGAGCAGAGAGAUGGUGUACAACGUGUUCAGACAGUUUCUCUACGACCAGGAGCCAGAUGAGUCAGGACAGAUGUACAUUGAUCCAGUUUCCCUAAGCAUGUUUUAAGACACUAAUGACAAUGUUCACAAGCAAACAGGAAAACUGGUAAAUCUUGCUUUCUUUGUUAUUUAAGUGAGACACUGACUCAGUAAACACUAAGCUUACAGUAAGGUGGUUGACCAUGGCAUAUGAUUUGUCAGACUUCUGUGUAAUUCUCCCACGAGUCUGCAGACAUUUUGCAUAUGAUGCAUCUUUAACCACAGGAAACUAUGUGGCCACAGUCACACAGACCCGUUACGGCUGUAGGUCAUUAUGAUGACCUCAUGACCUCUCAGACAUUUGCCUGCUGUCAAGCCAUGUGGUUUAAAAAUCAGUGUAUGAUACACAAUUUUUCUAUAUUGUAUUUGAGAAUUUUUUGUAAGUGUAAGAUUGUUGGCACACAUAUCAGUGCUGUAAUUAUUUAUAUUCAUUCUCUGACAAUCACUGUGAUGUUAUACCUGACCAUUUGUAGAAAACGUGGCGGAGUAAGUGUUUUUUUUAAAGGAAAUACAAAUGUAUAUAUUUUCAUAUCAGUGCCAUUAUUUUUUGUCACCGGACAGCAUUUGCAAACCAAAACUGUGGAACGGCCUAAAUGCAUUUGCAUAGACAGCGAUAAGACUGCAGGAAGAUCAGCUGUAGAGAACUGUACAGGAAAAUAAGCCAGCUGGUGCAGUCAUUUUGGAAGUAAUGAUUAUGCAUGCCCAUAUAAAACUACAUAUAUUCUACUGUAUACACAAAGGGUUAACCUGCUGUACUUCUAACAUUCUUUCUGGCUGAAUAGUAGAGGAAGUGCAUGUCAGACAUGCAAAUGAUGAAGUACUGUUUACUUUGUUUUUCUGUCUCUGUUUGGAGUCAACAUUCGAGAAUGUACACUGACAUUUUCCUCUUAAGGUGUGCUAGUAGCAGGUUGUUGCAUUUAAUAGCGCAGGCUGCGUAUCACAUGUUAAUCAGCUAGAGCCGUGUCAGUAUGUGAGACUGCAGCCUGUUUCCUGGCAGUGAUCAUGUCAACAUGUCUGUCCUCUAAUAAGAUUACAGCUGUGAUUAAUGUUUGUGCCAAAUGAUCAGGUCACAAACAGUCAUUCUUCACAGCCACCAGAUGGUUAUUAAUUAGUCCUCCCUUCAGCUGGUUACACUCAGUACAAGACUUCAUGGAAAGAACUGAAGCUUGAGCCAACUAAGACACUAAUUGCCAUGUUUUUUAUCACUUAACAUUUUGUGGUAAGAACUCAUCUGUUCCAAAGGUGAAAGUAAAGGUUUGAUUCAAAUAAUAAUGUGAGGAAAUAUGUAUAAGGCCUGUAAUUUCUCAAAUAAAGAAUAUUUUUACAGAUAUUUUUCACAGCUGAAAGAUGCAGUUAAUUCGAAGCUCAACUGUAAGGGAGUUAGUUAAUCCUCCUUUUUUAAAUGGGGCUUAAAAGAUAUGGUGUAUUGGAUUGGCAUAGAAUUUAUACUUAAAUACAAGUUUUGGCAUUAUACAUAAAUUAGUCAGAUGGCAGUGCACAUAAAAAAAUAUUAACCCCACAACCAGCUGAGAUUUAUUAAGAAACUAAUGGCCAUUCUGAAAAGGCAAAAUUAGAGUCACUUGAAAAUAUUAUUGUGUAUGACAUAAAUUCUUAAUAGUACUGUAUUCAGAAGGAAAUACUGCUGCUACUAUUUUCCCCCUGGGCUUCCUUUUCCUGAAGGGGAAAUGUUAACACAUGCCGUUCUCAAAUGUCCUUGUUGCAUGAUUGUCACAUGCUGGUCAAAAGGUCAAGUUUAAAGAACAUCAGUGGGAUCCCGCUGAGGUUUCAACAGCUUAUUACUGUACAUAAAAACCAAAUCAGUCCACCUGCUGCUGAGAUAAACAAGCGUGAACCUGCACAUUUCUGUUUAGACUGGAUUUAUUUAUCAGAUCGGAUGACUUUAAUUGACUUAAGCUGCUCUUUACUGUAUUUAGGGUUUGGGAGGGUGUCUGUAGGUGCCUCUCUCUGUUUCAUCAAAGUAAACUGGACUUUAUCUGUCUGCAGCAGUGAGAGAUCAUGUGCCAUGGCACAGGGUAGCGGCAUGGAUCCUGGUUGUGUAUAGCUUUAUAGUUUAAUAGACGCUGGCUUCCUUCACACUGUGUACUCACUGACAGUCCAUCUCCUCAAUCCUAUUUUGAGAAAUGUUAAUCGUCUAAAGCCAGAUUUACUAUAAUAAGCCCCGUGAGCUGCGAUAGCCCGGUUGGCUUAAACACUACUACUCUGUAUCCAUUAUCAUACCCAUGAUCCUCUGGUCUGCAGGGCCACACUCAGGUCAGUCAUGCCACCAGUGCAGGUUAAACAUACAUUUAUCUAUUCUGGUAUGUGUCUGUGCUCAGGGUGUUUACUUGUUUCUGCUUAUUUCUACUCUGUAAUGCCUUAAGUAUAAACCUAAUUUUCAUGAUAAGGCUUGGGUUAAUGCCAUUAGAUUGAUUGUCUCAAGAAAUUCUUUAAUAACCACAAUUAAACCUGUUAUUUUAGGGUCAGUGGCAAAAGAAAAUUUUAAGCAUAAUACCUUUUUCACUUGUCAUUGAAGGAAAGAAAACAAACAUGAACCCUUGUCUCCCUGCAUGUUGACAUGACAGAGAUGUUUGAGUUAAUUUGACCUGCUUGUGGGCGCUACAGCUGGAAAGGGGUUAAAAUGGUUUAACUCUUUGCAAAUGGAAGGCAAGACCGGUCACUGUUAGAACUCACUGAACUCUGAUCCUUCUGAAAUGUUGUCUGUAAGCAGGAAGGGAAACUGAAACUGUACUGAAAGGGAAAAAAGUGAAUGUUUCAGUCCUCUGCCUAUGUAUUUUUAUGUCUUACUGUAGAUUAUAAAAUACAUCCAAAGUACAGUGCUUCUGAUCUUGCGCUUGCUAACAUGGUUCCCAAUUUGUGAACAUAUCUGCCAGGUAAACUAAAGCGCAACAUGCUCAGAGUAUACUUUUAUUGGACUGUCUUCACUUCAAUAAAACCUUUAGCUUGUAUGUAAUUUCUUAACUAACAAACACAUUGUGAAAGUCUUGCAAACCAGCCAAAAAUCCUCGUGUGUGUGGUGUUAUGCACUCUUCUGUAGCUUCCCUCAAUGAUGUAAGCCCCUCAAAGGAAUACUUCA